GAAGCACAACCAGACAAAAACAUUCCGAGGAAACGACACAAGUGUUGCUGCUAUCAGCGCAAGGAGUUCUUCCACGCGUACCUCGACAAACAGGCGGCCGCACGAUGACGCCGGUCUCGUGGCCGUCAUCGCGGCGAGAUUGAUGACGAGACACCGUCGGAGGGUACGUGCGCAGUCCCCUAGAUAAGGGCGCGAUCUAGCCUUGUCGGGCGAUCCGGCGACGUCGUACAUGCACGCGCGCUAUCAGGCACAGCCAGUUUGUGAUUGUUUGCCCGGACUCGAACGCCGUCCUCGGAAUGCCCUGGCGUCGCCUUGCUCAGCACAAUCCGGAAACGCGCGACUACUUCUGAAACGGUCGUCAUGCAGGCGACAAAGGACAAGGCACCGAACCCUCAGGUCACCGACACCCUGCUGUGUGGAGACAGCAGUGAAGCCAGUGCCGAAACCGCAAGCGUCUAUGCCUGCGGCAUCGGCAGGCUUCAGAUACCUUGUCUUCAGCGUCUCGCCACCCCGAAAUGGUUCCUUCUCGUGUUUUGUGUCCUCGGCGUCCUCCAAGGAGCUUACCGGACUUACUUCAUCGGCAUCCAGUCCACUCUGGAGAGACGCUUCGCGAUUCCGUCGAAGGCGACGGGUCUGAUCUUGACGGCCGAGAACAUCAGCCCGGUGCUGGCUGUGAUUGCGGGCUACUACAGCAGCGGCGAACGCUUCAACCAGCCGCUCUGGCUCGCCUGUGGCAUGGUGACUGUGGUGGUUAGUUGCGGGCUCUGUGUUCUGCCGCAUUUUUUAUUUGGGCCCGGGGUUCACCUGGCAAGGCAGCGACUCGGACCCCAUGGCCCCAUGGACGGGCCAGGGUACGAAUUCUGCAAUCGCGUCGCUGACAGCGGGGACUGCCUCUCCAACGUUAACCUGGAGGGAGAUUUCACAAUUUUCAUUAUGUUCGUGGCGAAUCUGCUCCAUGGAUUCGGAUCGGCCACAUUUUACGUCGUCGGAAUGUCUUAUAUGGACGACAACGUGAAGAAAAAAGAUUCACCCAUGUACUUUGGAACCAUGUUUGCUCUCCGUCUUUUUGGACCGUCUGCGGGGUACCUUUUAGCCUCCUACUGCCUAUCCCACUUCGAAAUUCCUUUCGUUGACCCUGGUGUCGAGAAGACCGACCCCCACUGGAUCGGUGCCUGGUGGCUCGGGUACGUGUUCAUCGGAAUCCUUGUGGUAGUUUUUGCUGUGCCCAUGCUCAUGUUCCCACGCAAGUUGUGGACGCCACCGUCCAAAGGAGAGGAUUCCCAGAUCAAGUCCAGUCCGCAGCCGUUGGCUAGCGACCAUGAAAGCGAAGAGCUGAAGACAGUGGCAAAGCGGCUGUUGAGCAGUCCACUCUUCUUGUGUCAAGCUGCCACGCUAGUCUUCACCGUGAACGGCCUCAUGGGGUAUUUGUUUUCCUCACCCAAGUACAUGGAGACGCAGUUCAGACACUCAGCCGCUACAGCGAGUUUGUUCGCAGGGUCCCUGUCUCUGGCGUCCAUGUUGCUGGGGGUUCUGUUCAGCGGAGCCAUUGUUCGGAAGCUCAAGCCUGGGGCAGGCCUCGUUUCUGCCCACAUUCUGGUCGUGGACGUUCUCCUGGUUGUAUGCUUCGCGGCAUCGCUCUUCUUGGGUUGCGACACCCUGCGCGUCAGCGGCGUCCAAGAGCACAAUGGCGAGUUGAACUUGAUGAACGACUGCAACGCUGGAUGCGGCUGCACGACCAACGUUUUUCAGCCGGUCUGCGGUCCAGAUGACCGAACCACGUACUUUUCGCCAUGCUUUGCAGGAUGUCAGGGGGUCAAUACGUCGGACGUCAAGGAAAUGCUAGGCUGCAAGUGCCUGCUGGAACCAGAUGGCUCCGCGUUGACUUCCAGCGCUAGCAAGGGCUACUGCUUCGACGACUGCACCAUGUUCGUGCCUUUUGUCGCCGUGCUGGCUCUUGCUAAAUUCGUAUUCGCCACGUCCAGAGCUGGCACUGCUCUGAUUGGCCUCAGAUGUUUUCAUCAGAGGAACAAGACAGUCGCCCUCGCUGUCUACCUUACUCUGGGAUCCAUCUUUGGUUUCAUUCCAUACCCGCUGAUCUACGGCGCACUCAUGGACAGUUCCUGCCUGGUGUGGGACGUGAACUGCGGUGCACGAGGCAACUGCUGGCUCUACGAUUCUCAAAGGUUCCGCUACCUGUUGCACGGUCUUUCCAUGGGCUUCCUUUCCCUCGGAGCGCUGUUUAGCUGCGCCGUGUACCUUUUCGGUAAAAGCAGCAGUGAACUGGAGGACGACCAAGGUGCCGAAGAUGAUGACGAAGACGUCGUUUUCAUGAGGAACAUGGGACAUCCAGGGAUAACCCAUUCCACAUAAUAAAACAUCAUUCACCCCAUUUUAACAAACCGUGUCUCU